AUGUCGUUUCCCGCCGACUUACCAGAUUGGAAUAAUCUCAGUGUGAUCCACAAGGGCACACUCCCACCCCGAGCACACUUUUACCAAUAUGUCUCCAAGGAAAAGGCCUUGUCACUUGAUCGAAACAACAGUGAAUACCUGUCGCUCAACGGCACUUGGAAGUUCCGCCACGAUGAGUCUCCGCUGGAGGCACCCGAGUGGACAUCCGCUGAUCCAGUCACUUGGGAUGACAUCCAAGUCCCAGGAAUGUGGCAGCUCCAAGGAUAUUCGCAUCCGACCUACACCAACGUCAAUUACCCAUUCCAUGUGAACCCUCCCCAAGUCCCAAUUCUCAACGAGACUGGAUCCUAUUGGCGAGAGUUCACCACCCCCUCCCAGUGGAAAGACGACCAGAUCCGCCUGAGAUUCGAAGGCGUUGAUAGCGCUUUCCACCUGUGGAUCAAUGGAGAGGAGGUCGGCUACUCCCAAGGCUCUCGCAACCCGGCGGAGUUUGACAUCAGCACAUUUCUCCGGCCUGCUGGCUCUGUGAACACGAUCGCUGUUAGGGUGUAUGAGUUUUGCGAUGGAUCAUAUAUCGAACGACAGGAUCAAUGGCUUUUGAGCGGCAUUUUCAGGGAUGUCGGUCUUCUGGCGUUUCCGCGAAACGCAGUGACCAACUUCAACGCUGUUGCAACUCUCAGCGAAGAUCUCUCGGUCGGAACCCUCACAACAAGUGUUGACGUACAAGGCAAACAUGGCAGCGUGGAAGUUCAAUUGUAUACCCCGGCCGGGGAACUCAUGUACUGUUCAACCUCUCAAUCCGCCGAAUGCACCAUACAUGUAUCCGGACCUGACCUGCAACUAUGGUCCGCCGAGAACCCUGUCCUUUACACGCUCCUGAUCACCUUCAAUGGCCGAACCAUUCCUCAGCGUAUCGGGUUCAGGCGAAUUGAGAUGAAGAACUCAAACUUCCUGGUCAACGGCAAGCCGAUUAUCCUCUAUGGCGUCAAUCGACACGAGCACCAUCAUCUCCACGGUCGCGCUGUCCCAUACGAAAGCAUGCGCGCCGACCUAGUGAUGAUGAAACGACACAAUAUCAACGCUCUACGAUGCUCCCACCAGCCGAACAAUCCCCGUCUCUACGAAGUCUGCGACGAGCUCGGACUAUACGUCAUGGCCGAGGCCGAUCUCGAGGCUCACGGAUUCGACCCCGUCGAACGAUUGAACAUUCCAAGCCAGAAUCUCAUGACCGAAUACGAGAUCCAAGAAGCAUCCUAUAAAUUGGCGAAGAAGUGGACUUCCGAUAACCCGGAAUGGAAGGAUGCCUACCUGGACAGGGCAAUCCAGCUAGUUGAGCGUUUCAAGAACUUCCCCUGCAUCAUAAUGUGGUCUCUUGGAAAUGAAGCGUUCUAUGGCCAGAACCACGUCAGUAUGUACGAGUGGAUCAAGAAAGCCGAUCCGACGCGUCUGGUCCACUAUGAGGGUGAUCGCGAGGCCUUCAGUGCAGAUCUGUACUCCACUAUGUACUGGACUCCCGAUGCAAUAAAGAAGCAUGUUGCCGAGAAAACUGACAAGCCACUCAUCCAGUGCGAAUAUGGACAUGCCACCGUUAUUCUAGUGGGCAAUGGGCCAGGAGGCUUGACGGAAUAUAUUGAAGCCUACCGCACAGAGCGGUUGCUGCAGGGUGGCUUUAUUUGGGAAUGGUGCAACCACGGUCUGUUGAAGAGAGAUGGUGAUGUUUCCUACUAUGCAUACGGCGGUGAUUUUGGCGAUGAGCCAAACGAUGCGGACUUCAUUCUUGACGGGCUGGUAUUUUCUGACCAUACGCCGAGUCCCGGACUGAUUGGUUACAAAAAGGUGAUUGAGCCAGUGUCAGUUUCCUGGGAUUUGGGCCGUCUGAAAGUGGUCAAUCAUUAUGACUUCAGCACACUGGACCAUCUUUCAGUUUCGUGGCAUCUUGUUGGUGAAUCUGGAAGCACAAAGCCACAAGAAUGGGACAUCCCAAGGAUUGAGCCCGGCGAAACCAAAUUACUGGAAAUACCUGGUGCUCUCCGGGGUCAGAUCAAGCAAGCAUCCGGUAUGGAGCGAACAUGGCUCACUGUCAACUUCCAUCUCAAGGAUGACCGAGCUUGGGCACCGAUUGGACAUGAGAUCGCCUGGACACAAUUACCUUUACACAAGACGGAGGCUUUCUCCAUCCAAGCCCCGUUUAGCUUGCCAUUGACGAACAUGUCAGUGCGCGAGCGACCAGGUCGACUCUAUAUCACGUCCAAUAAAUCCGGGUCUCAAUUCACCUAUGAUCUUAUCAGAGGUAAUCUCUCCUGGUCCACCAACGCAGGAAAGAUCUUCCACAGUGGACCCCUGCUAGGGAUAUACCGCGCACUGACUCAAAAUGAUCUCGGCAUGGAAGGGCCCAGCGUGGAGUGGAGCCGCUUCCGAGUGAAAAGCACACGCAUGUUGAUAGACUCGGCGACUUGGCAUAUCAACGACGGAGCCGUUUCAAUUAGCAUCAAAGUGAGAGUAGCACCUACCGUGCUAGCAUGGGCACUAGAAGCUACUCUCGACUACACAAUCACCGAUUCCUCGAUCCAGCUUCGAGUCAAGGGGGACUUCAGCGGGACGCAUCCAAAAUACAUCCCUCGAAUAGGUCUGACACUCCGACUGCCGCGUCAUUUCGACGCCGCGACAUGGUUCGGUAGAGGUCCUGGAGAGUCAUAUCGAGACACGAAGACCGCCUCUCGCUUCGGCACCUACACAGCCUCCAUUGCCGAUGGGCUCGAGACACCAUACGAGUGGCCUCAGGAAAAUGGCAAUCGCGUAGAUACGCGGUGGGCGCGCGUGCAUUCAUCUGAAGCUGUCUCAUCCUCAGCUCACGUGGAAGCACAGGUACCGGUUCCGCAAAUUGAGGUCAAGAUGGACGCACCAUUUAGCUUCUCCUUGCGUAAGUAUGCAAUGGCUGAGCUGGAUCGUGCAAAACAUCCACAUGAGCUUUCGGAAUUGGAGGGUGAGACUGAGCUCACUGUUGAUUAUCUUCAUCAUGGAAUUGGUACUGCGAGUUGUGGUCCCGGGCCUUUCGAAGGACACAGGUUGGAGACUGGACCGUUUGAAUUCACGACUCUAUUCAGUCUUGUUGACUGA